GCCCAAGAAUUCUCCCCAAAUAAGUGGAUCUGCUGUUUAUCCCAGCAGAGGAAAACAAACCUAGUCACAGCAGCCGAGAGAAGCAGAGCUGGAAUAUGCCGUUUGCCAGUCCUGGGAGCUCGAGAGAGUUGGAUGUCCCGCUUAGGAACAUGCACCUGAGGAGCAGACCGAACCUUCUGCUGCUCCUGCUGCCUCUUCUUCUCGCUGGGAAGGUUUUGGAGGUAAAAGGACAGGAGUGGGGCUACCUGCAGGAGGUCCUCAAGGCCUUGGAUCUCCCCGUGGAGACAAACGGAGAACCCCAGCUCCAGACGAACAAAACCGGGGUCCUCAUCGCUGCACUUCUUAAGGCUGUGCACUGUGCAGAGCAGAUUGGGACCUCAGAGGACAACUGUGACAAGUGCUUGACAACAGAUCUGGCUCUCUCUGUGCUCGGAGAUGAAAGGAAGGCGUUCCUCACUGAGGAUGACUACCAGCAGAUCUCAACCGUUCUGCUCUACUACAUAAUUAACAUGAAAGAUCUGUGUGUGUCCAACUCCUCCCCCUCGUCCUCCUCUGCAUCUGACAAUUAUCAGUUCUACCAUCUGGCCCUCACCAAUCUACACCCAGCUGAGGACAACCACUUCUUGUCCCUGAGUGAAACAGAGAGUAUCCUGCAGCUGAUCAACCAGCACUACGACCCGUCCGAUCAAGACACCUCAUCUGAUUUACAAUGUAUCGAUGCCGCUCAUCUACUAGAAGACGUGGACGUAAAAGAACGUCCAGGUGCAGACGAGUCUUCUGUGUCCAGAGUGGCUGCAGCCAUCGUCAGUCACAUCCUGCAGGGACACUGCUUCAGACGGAGGGACCUUCCACCACCUGCUUUCUUCACCAACUACAUUUUACAGUCACUGAAUCAAACGAGUUACCUGCAGCUCGUAGACUUAGAGGAGCUGCUUCAUCAGCUGGGGGUCGGGCUCUCUCGCAACAGGAGGAGGAGAAGCAUCACAGAGCGUCAGGUGGACGUCGCUAACCAGGAAACUGGAGCACGAAGCAGAGAAUGGGCACAGGCGUGUUUUUCAGCCGACCAGUUGGUGGAUAUUUAUGCUCUGGGUCCUCAUUUGCCCAUUUCCAUGAAACACUUUGGACAAAUGUGCCCAGCCAUUAUUCAGCAGUUGCUAGGCAAUGCCUGUGAGUCUGCAGAGGCCAAAACAACAGGAUCACUGCCCACUUCUCUCGAGAAGUACGGCUACAGCACGGCUGCCGUCCUGCUCAUCACUGUGGGCUCCAUGUUUGGUAUCUGCCUGAUCUUCUUCAACUCCUGCCAGGAGACCUACACACUGGUCCUGCAGCUGUUUGUGGGUCUGGCAGUGGGGACGCUCUCAGGAGACGCCCUCCUGCACCUCAUACCGCAGAUAUUGGGCCUCGACUCUCACCACCAUGAUGGUCAUGAUGGACACUACGCUGAAAGGAAGGAGUAUCUGUGGAAGAUUCUGGGCAUCAUCGCUGGGAUUUAUGGGUUUUUUCUGAUUGAAAGAAUCGUCGCCUUUUUAGUUCCUUAUCACGGCCACGGUCACAACAGGGAGCUUCCUUUGGAGCUCAGCUGUAACGGUCAGUCACAGAGGGGCAAGUCCAUCUCCACCAUACAGCUUGGACCGGUGGACGACAUGGAGUGUGCAGAAACGUCUCCUGAACGCACAGACACACGGAGGCCUUCACAUCAGAGAAAGGGGGUUCCUCUGCUGGCUGUGAUGGUAAUUGUGGGAGAUAGCCUGCAUAACUUUGCAGACGGCCUGGCGGUCGGGGCGGCCUUCUCCUUCUCAGCUGAGACGGGCAUGGCGACCACUGUGGCGAUCCUGUGCCACGAGAUCCCACAUGAGAUGGGAGACUUUGCCGUGCUGCUCAGCUCCGGACUCUCGGUGCAGACUGCUGUGCUCAUGAACUUUCUCAGCGCUCUGACGGCCUUCAUGGGCCUCUACAUCGGACUGUUUGUUUCCUCAGAGAUAGAGGUGCAGCAGUGGAUCUUUGCCGUCACUGCUGGGAUCUUCCUCUACUUGUCCUUGGUAGAAAUGCUUCCCGAGAUGAGUCGAGUGAAGAGCGACCGACCCUGUCUCCUGUUUGUCCUGCAGAACCUGGGUCUGCUGAUGGGAUGGGCUUGUCUUCUGCUCCUUGCACUCUUUGAACAUGAACUCAAAUUUUAAAUGCACGCACAAACCCUCAUGCUGUGCGUGCACAACAAUGUUUGUUUCUGCAUCUAGAACAAAUUGUGACUCUUCAUGAUGCUGUAGUAUGAUACAGUAUGAUGUGUAUAGUUCUAUGAAUCCCCGAUUUCUUUUUUUUUAUACGUGAUGAUUUAUUUUUCUAUGUUAGGAGUCCUGGGUGCCAGAAUUCUGGACAAUCACAAUGUGACUCAGUCUAAUGACCUUAUGUGGGAGCAUCAGGUACAACUGUAUUUGUCAGUCAUGGGAAUUAUUUUUUAAUAUUUUGAUUUAUUUUAUAUUUUGAUUUGUAAUUUCUGCAUUAAUGUGAUGUUUAGUUGACACCUGCUAUUUAAGUACCAAAUAGCAAACAUUAGUGCUUUGGACAAAUUGUAUGCGAUAAACCUUGUUCACACACUGCUAGAUGGUAAAUAAGAAUUGUUAAGACUUAAAGACUUGUACUGUGUAACUUUUAAAUCUAAACAAAUUGCAUUUUUAGCCCGUCAGCUCCACAGGACUCUGUUUUUCUCGGUUUAGAUCACAUGUCGUCCGGCACACAGAGCCAACAACACUGCGCCAGUAAAGUGAGGACAGAAGCACCCAUGAAAGGGUUGAGAAAAUAGGUUUAGUACAGAUUAUCAAGCUGAUGUGACUCAUACCUGAUGACACAUAUCUAAUCGCCAAUCCCAAUUAAAAAAAAAAAAAAACAGCACUAUGAACGCGGCAUGACAGGAGUUAUGUACUGCAGCUUUAAGCUGCUUUAUGCAUGUAUUAUUUUUCCAGAAAUAUUGCUUUCAGAGACAUCGUUCUUUGUUUUUUGAGGCCUCUCUGUGAUCCGGUAUGAGUCCACUUCCACCCACCUGAGCCAUUUGUUCUCUUCAUCCACCAACCUGGAUGACUAAUGCUCUGCAGUAAGAGACCGAGAAAGGCUGUGGAGUGAUGCGGCCCACACAGUGCACAUGCUCUUACCCGGCCAGAGUCAGCCUGCAGCACGAGGUGGUGAAAUAAAGAGAAUAUGAUGGAAACGUCAGUACAAUUAAACAAAUAAAAUGCAGUCGUUUAACUGAUUUGAUAUUGACCAAGUGA